GCGGCACAUUCUCCGUCGAGUCGUCGUAGAGUACGUAUUGUAGAUUUCAAGAUGACUGGUCGCGGCAAGGGAGGAAAAGGAUUGGGAAAAGGAGGAGCUAAGCGGCAUAGGAAGGUCCUGCGUGAUAACAUCCAGGGUAUCACUAAGCCAGCUAUCCGUCGUCUGGCAAGACGUGGCGGUGUCAAGCGUAUUUCUGGCUUGAUAUACGAAGAGACGAGAGGUGUCUUGAAAGUCUUUCUAGAGAACGUUAUUCGCGAUGCUGUAACUUAUACCGAGCAUGCCAAGAGGAAGACGGUGACUGCUAUGGACGUAGUCUAUGCUCUGAAACGGCAAGGAAGAACCUUGUAUGGCUUUGGUGGUUAAUGCGACCCAAUAUUCGUCAGAACCAAAACGGCCCUUUUCAGGGCCAACAAUCUCAUUAUACGUAUCGGAAUUACCUUAGAAAGCAUGUAUUAUAUUGUCUAAAUUUAAUAUUUAUAUAAAAUGUAUGUUUAUUAAAUAACUUUGAAAGAACAAAAUUUUGA